ACUAACUAAACCUGCAAUUUAGAUAUCCCGCAAUAUAUUUUUUAUUUCAGGAAACGUCAAAUCAUUUUGAAAUAUUGUAUCUAUACUUUUUGACAUGUCACAUUGGAGUUAUAUAUUUUUGGCGACCACGGACUAGUGUAAGUUAAUUAAACUAUCCUAAUUCUUAAAUAGUUAAAAAUAAAAUUUGGUAUUUAUUUUCAAUGAGUUCAUUAAUUUCGAUUUGAGCAUAUGUUAUAUAUGGCUUUGAAAUAAAUAUAUCCUUUUUUUAAAACAGUGUUCUCGUUAAUACUACUGAAAGAUGAGUUUAAUAUCCCCCGAAGAAUGCGACUUACUGUCCGAUUCCAAAUAUAGGGCAUAUGUAGCACAGGUUGAAAAAGUCCUAAAGGGCUUCGAAUCUACAAAUGAUUGGCCUGAUAUGAUAUCAGCUCUUGGAAAGUUGAAUAAGGUUUUACAGAACAACGUACGAUAUCCCAUUGUACCUAAGAGAGUGACUAUUGGAAAAAGACUUGCUCAAUGCUUGCAUCCGGCAUUACCAGCCGGAGUUCAUCUAAGAUGCUUAGAAACGUACGAUAUAAUGUUUCGAUGUAUGGGAACGUCCCGUUUGGCGGCCGAUUUAUUAACCUACUCAACAGGACUUCUUCCUCUUUUGGCAUUUGCCGCUACUAACGUUAAGCCAGUUCUCUUGCAACUAUUUGAAACUCAUUUUGUUCCUCUGAACAAAUUAUCUCGUCCAGCCAUUCCGGGACUUCUUUUCGGUCUAUUACCAGGUUUGGAGGAAGGAUCUGAACACUUUGAUAGAGUUUCAAGAUUAUUGGACUCUCUUUGUGAUGCUGUUGAUUCCAUUUUCUUUUAUGGGUGUCUCUGGGAAUGCGUUCUAUUUAAUGCUCAAACUCGUUUGCAAGCCUUGACUUAUGUACUCUCUAAACUGGAUAAGAAAAAGAGUAUGGAAGACCAAUUGUUCUUGAUAGGAACGAAUGUUGAUUCUUUUGUGUCAUCUCUUUGCCAAUCUAUUCAAGAUUUCUCUGUUCUCGUUCAAAGAGCCGCUCUUGAUCUUCUACUUCUCUCUUUUCCCAUACAUAGUAGUCAUCUCAUAAAAGAUGAUAUGAGAAAGCUAGCAAAGAGUGCCAUAAUUGUUGUUCUCAGAAGAGACAUGUCCUUAAAUAGAAGAUUAUAUGCUUGGCUAUUAGGGACCGAUGGCAAUGGAGUGCCCAUUAACUGGAAGACAGAGCGAACUGAUUCACUCUCCACAGCUGAGUUGACUCAUGAAUACUUUGAAGUUAACUCUAAGAAGAUGCUUUCUGAUGCCCUAAAAGAAUUAGCCAGAAAUGCUAAAGAUGUUACGGGACUUUAUCCAUUUAAAAUUACAAUUUCACUGUUGGAUAAAGCAGAAAUAGGAGCUAGUAUUAUAGAAGAUGUACUCUUGGAUCUAAUACGCCUCAUUAAGCGCUUGUGUAAAACAGAAUCAAUAGAAAGGAAGGAUGAAAUUGUCAAAAUGUCCAAUUUGCUACUCAGCAGUUUGGAAGAGGAUUACGUCUGGAGCUUUCUAGCGAAAAAUGCUAACAUAGCAGCCGAAAAAGGUGAUCUUGUCGAAAUGUGUGAACUUAUUACCGUUGUAUUAGAACAAGUACCUCCUGAAAAUAUAGUUGCUGUCCAAACAAAACAAGUUCCAACGCUUCUAAAUCACCUGUUAGCUGUCUCACUUAAAUAUUCUACAACUAUGCGAUGUGAGACCUUGGAAAUUCUCUUAGGCCUUUGUAAAAAGCUACUGAUGAAAGUUUUACCUACUAUGGUGCAAAUACCGUCAGACGGGGAACAUUCUGAAGAAGAAAAUUCCCGACAACAAACAAACGAUUUAGGGAAAAACGAAACGCUUGAAAAUUGCUUUAAACAGGCAGUUUCAGUCUUCGAAAAUAUUACUAAAAGACUAAUUAACUUUGAAAAAUUUGAUAACAUAAUAGGAAACCUACUAAAAAUAUCGACCUCUCAAACGGAAGUUGUUAAAAUGGCACAUGACUGUUCAGAAGAAGUUGUUGCAUCGUUUCGUUUAUGUUGCGAAUUAAUUCUCGAAUUUUCUACAUUCCCAAUGUGCGUAGACGAUAUGGAUGAUGUUGAAGAUAUCGAGGAGGUCCCAAAUUGGUUAAAAUUAUUACUCUUCUGUUGUUGCGCCACAAAAAAUUUAGAUAUUGAAUAUAUAGGAGUUUCAUCAUUUCUCGAAUUAGUAUCUAUAUCAUCAACCGUUAAAUCUGUUUUGAAGAGGCGAAAGGCUUCAAAAUCAUCCACUCAAAUUGUUAUGAGACCAAUAUUAAAGCAAAAUCAACUAGAUUAUAUGCUUAAAAACAACUUUAUUUUCGAAGUCUUAGCAAGACGACUUUGGAAAAAGCUAUCAGAUUCUAACCGAUUGGAAAAAAAUGUGGAACUAUUUGAUAAAUUACACCAAUUAGCACCAACAUCAAUUUGUGAGGAUGUUAUAGGUGAAGCCCUUGUUGAAGAAGAUCUAAUUGAAAGGGUUCGUGCACAUACCAAUUUCUCAGCUAUGUGGCAUGUUCUGAGGGAAUCUUCAUCUUUCUCGAAUAUUUCAACGCUUACAAAGUCUUUUGACAGAAGCGUUGUGGUUGUACUGUCAGCUUUGAAUAGGAAUAGUUUUCCCGAAUGUAGACAAGUCGCUCUACACUGGUUGUCACACGCAGUUCAGCGAUCGGAUUUGGUUAGAGUUUUGGAACCCCUUCUCCUUAUACUCUUACAUCCAGAUACUGCUCGAAUUUGUUUAAAGAAUCUUCUGUCUUUUCAACAAAAGCUGAGGGGAGAUAAGAAGAAUUUUAGUGACGAUGAAGCCAAUAUUUGCGCCAUUUCACAUGUCAAAGGGGAAGUAAAGUAUAUUAAGAAAUCUAACGGAAUAAAGAAGAGUAAGCCAUCUGAAAAAAAUGAAAGUAACGUCUGUUAUGCAAUGACAUCAUUAACAGACACUGGACGACUUACCGAAACCUAUCAUCCAGCAGCCGAAUCAAACGAUUACGAUAAGAUUGAUGCUUCUAACGUCAAUCUCCGUUUAAACCCAUUUGACAAUUGUGAAACUCCCAGCUUUGACGUUCUUGAUCUCACCCAAAAUCUAUUUGCUCCAUCAAAUGUAAGAAACGCCCGAAGAUUAGAUAAAGACGUCUGUAAAAUGGAGGGAAUAACUUUUCAAGACGAAAGUAAAAAUAAUAAUGUCAGCGAAGAAGGUUCAUCCUAUUCAAGUGCCGACGAGGCUAUCGACGACGGUGAAAUUGAAAAAAGUAUAGGACAAAAUUUGAUUGAACAGGAACGUGUACGUUCGGAAAAUGAUCAAAAAUUGUUUAAGAGAGAAUCAUAUCAAGUGGCUAGAGAUAUUUUGGAUGAUAUUUUAAACGAUGUUUUUCAAGUAGUAUCCGUGCAAUAUGAUUUAACAGAUACUAAACCCAGGGAAAUUGACGAGGACGAAGUAUUCGAAAAGAGUGAAGAUGGUUACUUAAUGGUUAAUAAAAUUCUACUUUAUUGUCAAAAAUAUGAUUCAGAUAGAAUUCUACAUUGUUUGGAAUGCCUUGAAAAUAUCCUUGACGCAAAUUGUAAAUUACUAUCUUCUGCACUUGCAACUUCGCAAGUAACACAAUCAACAACAAAGCGUUCACUGCAGCUGUUAAAAUUAUUCGAUUCUCACGCAAGAUCCAUUGAUGGCUUCGAAUUUAAUGAAGAGAAAAAUAUUUGUCCGCAAUCUUGUAGCCUCUUAGAAUUGUUAACUUGCUUAUGUUUACAUAUUAUUCGUUCAUAUUAUCCAGCUAAACUACCAGUUGGUAAAAUCUCCACUUCCGACCGUAUAUCUAAUUGUCAGGUUCAGGUGAAAGCAGUAGAAUUUUUAACUGGUAUUUAUAAACAAAUUGCAACCAUAUCAAUGGAAAAGGGAGACGGAUUCUGCAAGUUUAUUACAGAUUUAUUGCAAAAAUGUAAAGUACAGAGCACAGCCAUUCAUUGUUUAUUAUCUACAAUAUACAGAAAUGAAAAAUUUAAGGGUAAAUUAGGUUUGGCUCAGCGAGUAAUCAACAUGAAUAGUUUCGGAGAAGAAAGAGCAUUACAGUGUGGUAUCCUUAAUUUUAUAUCAGUUCUAAUUAGACUUGAAUACGUGAUAACUCCAACCAAACAAUUGGAAGAAAGACUGAGAAUUAAUCAGAAUGCUCGACAUUAUGUAAGAAAUAAGAAUAUUGUCGCGCAAAGAGUAUUUCGAAUGGCUUUUAUACAAACGCUCAAGCAGAAACAACUUCAUUUGCAUAGAGAAUGGAUAAAUACUCUUUGUCUUGUACUGCCAUACACCGGAAAGGGAUUAUCUUCCUUGGUUGGAUGUAUAAUUGAACAAAUUUGCAAAAAUAUCGAAACUAUAUCUGACAAUAAUACAGAUACACCGCCAGACUACGUCUUAAGUCAAAUAGAAGGUUUAACUACCUUACUUCAUAUAAUUAUAAUUGAACAGGACACUGAUACCGAAAACUCCAUAAGACUAUUACAACGAACAGCUAUAAAACCUUCUCAUACUGGUUUGCAGGAAGCUAGGAAAUCGCUCUUGCAAAUAUUAUAUAAAGUUGUUUGUGCUAUAGCUGCAGUUUGGAAAAGUGAAAAGAUUUGCUCUCAAAGGAUUGUUCGCACAGCAAUACUAGAAUUAGUAAGCCCAAUAGCCAAACAGCAUCCAACUCAUCUAUUGUCAGCUUUCGCUAUUGUUUGGACAACGAAAAAACCUCAGAAACCUGGAAAAGUGUUUCCUAUUUUCACUGCUGAUCAAACUAAUUUGGUUGAUAUACUAUUUGCUGUAAAAGUAUGGCCUCUCUUAGAAUUAAUUUCGGCUGUAAAAGGUAUAUUGAAAUCUCCUUCUUUAUCAUCAACUUCAAAAAUAUUAAAAUUGGACGUGUCUGUUUUACAAUUAUUCCUUGCAUACAUACGAAAAUGCUCUACAAAUUGUCUUGUGGAACAUCUUACGGUUAUCCUUCAAUUAUUUAAGGAUGCUAUGCAGAUGCCAAAUGUUUCUCCUCCAGCAGUUUUUCUUUUCUUGUUAGUCAUGAAUGACAUUGUAGAGAAAAUAGGUCAAUCUUUAUCCAGUGAGGAAAAAAAGAAAGAAAGAAAAGAAAUACAAGAAACUAUUUCUAAAGUACUGGAAUGUAUCAGCACCAUUGCCGGAAGCAGCUUAGAGCAGACAACUUGGUUAAGAAGAAAUCUGGUUGUUAAAGCAGGUCGUCAGGUUGAUUUAGAUGAAGAUUUUCUGGAUGAUGCUCCAGGUGUAACCCAAGAUCAUGAGAUAAUAAACAAUGAAGCACCCAGAUCGGAAAAAAGACGACAUAGUGUGGCAGCGUUAGCUGUUCUUGGUAAAGUUAUUGCACCUUUAUUAGAUGUAUCAUUCUCUUCUGACGAAAAGGAGAAAACCGUUCCAAUUUUACAAAAUAUGAUGCACAACGUCUUGCCGUAUUUAAAGCAUAGAGUUUUGAACAAUUUACCAUCUUUGAGAGCUGGUUUAACGGUUUUGUCUUCGAUAUCAGAAUACACGUACACAAGGAAGGCUUGGAGAAAGGAGACUUUUGAAUUACUACUUGACAUUAACUUCUUCUUGAUGGAUUUGACUUGUGCCACCACAUGGAAUAGUAUUAUUGAUAAUUUAAUGACUCAUGAUCGAACAACUUUUGCAGAACUACUUGCAAAAAUGCCUUUAGGUAGUACGUCAGCAGGAUUAGGAAUCUUUUCAUCUAAGGAUGCUGAGGCGGAACAAAAAGCUAUGCUGAUGAAACGCUUGGCAUUCGUAAUAUUUUCCAGCGAAGAAGGCCAAUAUGAAUCUAGUAUGCCUGAGAUUCAAGAAAGACUAACAGACUGUUUAAGAAUUCACUCCCCUUACUUAAAUUCUCAAGUAUUCUUAGCCGUGAGGGUUUUAUUAUUAAGGAUGUCACCGGGACCAAUGACACUCCUAUGGCCAAUUAUACUGACAGAGAUAGUACAUGUUCUAUUAUUAAUGGAACAAGACCUAACACCUAUUGGUGAAGAAGGUUCAAGAUCGACAAUUCUAUCGGGACGCGUGGAUAGCUGGAUAAAUACUAACGGUUCCUUAUCGAAUAUAAUGAGUCCUGCGUGGUACUGCUUAUAUUUAGCAACAUGUAAACUCCUUGAUCUCUGCAUGACGUUAAAUGCUGAAAAGUUGCCUCAAUUCGCCAUGUAUAAAUGGGCUUUUAUCGGAGAAGAAUCAGACCGGAAUAGUUUUGUUCCCUGCCAACCUGGGCGCUCAUCUGAAGCUUUUGUUCCGUACAUAAACAGACUGUCAACUUUAAUGAACAAGAAAUUUGGUCCAUCUAACCAGUACUUAAGCGCACCUCCAGGAAAGCCAGCUUUAACACUUAAGUCAAUAACCUCUUUGCAAGAACUUCAGCCUUUUAUUGAUUACCUAGUUCGCAGUCACAGUUGUCGAUUCUCCUCGAAUAAAUUGCAAACCCAGCAAAACGUAAGCAAGUCAAAGUCAGCUCCAGACGUUCGUUCUGCCCCCUUUGCUUUGGUGACAUGCGAUGAAGUUGUCGAUGAAUCUCUACCAGCCGAAGAAUAUAUUGAAAAAUUAGUACUAAUGGACUUUCUGGAACCUGUUCCACAAUAA